ACUCGUACUAUAACUGUGCGGAUAACAACACCAACUUUCUGUCACGCUAACCGCCGCAUAUAUAAAGUUAUAAGUCGACAUCCGCUGUCACACACCACAUUAAUAUUAAGUGCAAUUAAUGACUUCCUCCCAACUUACCGUACGUGAGUAAAAUAUUUUUUUCGCAGCAGAUUGAAGAUGCAGACCGGUUUGCUGAUCCUGUUCGUUGCGGCCUGUGUUGGCGGUAUUAAUGCCCUCCGAUUCUCCCGGCAGACCAGCGGGAGCGUCACAUGUACGGCCGCACAGUUAGCGCAGUGCAGUCAGCCGGCGCAGUGCCAAAACAACGGGAAUGUAAACACGCAGGUCGGCGGGUCAGGUAACAGCGCGGCGAAUAAUGCUGCCGCCGCCGCUGUCCUGCAGUCCAUGUUUGGUAUUAAAAUUCCUGUCAGCGGAAGCGGCUCAGGUCAGCUUCCACCGGGCUCCAGCGUAAACAAUUGUCCCACCUCUGCCCAGUGCAGUGUGUGCAGAGCUACAAACCAAAGACGAUAAUAUCGACCGCGUGGAGCAUGUCUUCUGUUGUUUUAUAAAUCACCUGUUGUUCCAUAAAUGGAAUGUUUCGUGAUCAAGUCCGUGAUGCAUAUUGUAUCAGAAAACUUUGGUGACUCUUAACGCAGUCCGCGCCAAGGUCUUCUCGAACCCAAUAAAACUUGCA